AUGGAUGACGAAGAUGCCCCUCCAGAGCUGGUAGAGGUGACGGCAUUCCCAGAGUCUAUGGGCAAAAAAGAAGGAAAAGUAGAAGAAAGAGAAAAAGAAUCAGUUGAAUUCGUCAGUCGGGUACCAAUAACUCUGGUUACAGGAUACCUGGGAGCGGGCAAGACGACUCUAUUAAAUUACAUCCUGACUGAGAAGCAUGGCAAAAAGAUUGCCGUUAUCAUGAAUGAAUUCGGAGAUUCAACCGACAUCGAAAAGUCAUUAACUGUAAACCAAAACGGGCAGGAGGUCACGGAAUGGCUCGACGUCGGUAAUGGUUGUAUAUGCUGCUCAGUCAAAGACUCCGGCGUCCAAGCAAUCGAAUCGCUGAUGGACCGCCGCGGUACAUUCGACUACAUUCUCCUCGAAACUACCGGGCUUGCCGACCCCGGCAACAUCGCCCCUUUAUUUUGGGUCGAUGACGGUCUAGGAAGCUCAAUCUAUCUCGACGGUAUCGUCACACUUGUAGAUGCAAAAAACAUUCUGCGAUUACUAGAUGAGCCCGCCCCGGAAGAGACGACAGCAACUCAUGCCGGAGCCGAACAUGACGAGCAUUAUGGCUCGGGACCAGCGUUGACCAUGGCCCAUCUACAGAUUUCGCAUGCAGAUGUCAUCGUUCUCAACAAAGCUGACCUGGUAACGCCGGCGGAGUUGGAGGCUACCCGGCAAAGGAUUGCGUCUAUCAAUGGUGCGGCAAAGAUUCAUGUCACGGAUCACAGUCGCACGCCUCAGAUCGAAGGCGUCGUUCUGGAUCUACAUGCCUACGAUCAACUUUCAAAGAUGGAUUUCUCGGAAAAGGGACAUGCGCAUAUUGAUCCCAGGAUUUCUACCGUUGCAUUGACGCAUCCCAGAAUCUCGCCUGACCACUUACCGCGUGUAGAUGAGUGGCUGAGGUCGAUCUUAUGGAAAAGCAUUGAUAAGUAUUCUGGCGGUGGUGUUGCAGACAAUAGCACGCAAACUUCCAGUUUUGAGAUUCAUCGUCUCAAGGGUAUACUAUCCCUGACUGAUGGAUCAUUUAAAAUCAUCCAGGCUGUGAGAGAAAUGUAUGAGAUAAGAGACUCGGAGAAGCGAGAAAAACAAGACGAUGAGACAGAGGUCUUCUACCAAACGCCCCUAACCUUCGCCCUCGUCAACCUCAAACCUAUAAUCCCAGGCCACGUUCUCGUCUCCCCUCGCCGCAUCGUCCCUCGCGUCUCCGACCUCACAGCCGACGAGACCACCGAUCUGUUCCUCACAGUCCGCAAAGUAGGACGCAUGAUAGAGCGCGUAUACGGUGCGACAAGUCUCAACAUCGCAAUCCAAGAUGGGGUAGAUGCGGGCCAGAGCGUGCCGCAUGUUCAUACACACAUCAUCCCGCGGAAAAGGGCGGAUCUGGAUCAUAAGGGUGGCACGGAUGCGAUUUAUGAGAUGUUGGAUGGGGAGGAAGGUGAUUUGGGCAGGAUACAGAAAGAGCUACAGAUGCAGAAGAAUACUGAUGUGCUACAAGAAAGUUCAACGGGGACGAUAUUGACCGAAGGAAGGAAGAGGAGGUCGAAUUUCCCAGCUGUCGAUAAUGAGAGUAGGACGCCGAGGAGUGAGGAAGAUAUGGAGAUGGAGGCGCGUAUGUUGGCGGCGGAGAUGGAGAAGGAAGAUGACCGAGUUCGUCUAUGA